AGGCACCGUAUAACGUUCAACGGAUCCGUCAUUACUGGAUGCGAUGUGUGAACAGAAAACUCGCAGUAUACCGCCGCUAUUCUACAAGGAUGAACGUUGUCAUGUUGUAUUGGUACUAUCGUCGGAGAAGGAAGAUUCGACGUUAUUGGCAGCAUCCACUUAUGGCCCACAGAUCUAGGGAGGGUGCUUACAGUUUACUUAUGAGUCAGUUACGAGGUGAUGAAUCGAAAUUUUUCAAUUACUUUCGUACGUCAAUGUCUACUUUUGACGAACUUCUUAAACUAUUGGAAAAGGAUUUAAAAAAGCAAGAUACUCGUUGGAGGAAAAGUAUCUGCCCAGAAGAAAAACUAGCGAUAUUUUUAAGGUAUGCAGCAUCCGGGUGCUCAUUUAAAGAUCUUCAUUACACCUAUCGCGUUGGUGUAUCGACUGUUAGCAACAUUAUUAAAGAAGUUUCAAGAUGCAUAUGGAACAAUUUAAGUGAAAAAUUUAUGCGACUUCCUACAUCAGUCGACGAAUGGGAACAGAUAGCAAGUGGAUUUAACAAAAAAGCUAAUUUUCCCCAAUGUCUCGGAGCUGUCGACGGAAAACAUAUCCGACUUAAAAAACCACCAAAUAGCGGUUCACUGUAUAUCAAUUACAAGGAUUUUUUUCCAUCAUAUUAUUAGCUAUCGUAGACUCCGACUAUCGCUUUGUAUAUGUCAUUGUCGGAUCUUAUGGAAAAGAAUGCGAUUCAUCAGUAUUCAAGGAGACAACAUUUUGGAAAAUGAUGCUAGAUGGCAGUCUUCAAAUACCUGCACAAUGCCCAUUAACAGGAGACUCAGAAACGAGAGCUCCUUAUGUGGUCAUUGAAGACAAAGGUUUCGGAUUACACAAAAAUUUACUAAGCGAAUAUUCAACUAUCGUUUGACUAGAGCUAGGAGAUACGUUGAAUUUGUAUUCGGUAUCUUAGCUAAUAAGUGGAGAAUAUUCCAUCGGCCUCUAGACAUCGAUAAAACAAUAGCUGUAUGGACUGUUAAGGCAUGUACUAUUACUACUACACAACUUUAUAAGGGACAAAGAGGGUUCAAACAAUGAUAAUAACGUAUCUCAAGAAUUUAGUUACGGAGACCUACCCCAUGAAGUAAGUACACGAGGUGGUAAUACUGCCAAUUUAGUUCGAACCGAAUUCGUGAACUAUUUCAUGUCCGAAGCUGGAUCAGUUCCAUGGCAGGAUGAAGCUAUUUAGAAUGUAAUUGAAUAAUAAAACAGACACUUACCGAA